AUGCUGUGCUUUGCUCUUAAAUGUGGUCUUAUUGCAACCACAGCUUUUCUUCUCCCCCAGGUACAGCCCUGGACACCAGAAUCACCCGUUAGAGAUGAUACAUCUCUGAAUGGCAUCCGCCUCAUUUGCACGGAUGGCUCAGAAAUUCAAUCUGCUGUUGGACCGUGAGUAGCUUUAAAUAUUCCAUUCCUUGGCUUUGUUGUUAGAAAGAAGUAUGGAACCAAAUCUGGCAAGUUCUUGCCUUUUCCCUGAGUUCUUGAGGAGGAUACAUCUUGAAUUAUGGUGACUUACUCAUGGACUGCCAAACCUGAGUGCAUCAACAACACAACAGGGUUGGGAUGUGAUAAAAUAGCGAAAUGCAAUGUAGCAAAAGAUAGUAUUACUCGGGCAACUGUUACACAGCUGGAAAUCUAAACAACCAUGAAAGUAACAGGAGUAAUUUUUUUCUUAGUGAACAUUUAUAUAUUUGAAUCUUGAUAGCAGAAGAAUCCACUCAUAAAUCAACAGUUGCUCAACAUUCGGAUGUAGUUCCAGUAUACAUCACAUUUCCUUCCCAAGGAAUUAAUCAUCGAGCUAACAAAAUUAAAUAAAACAAAAUUCCAGUCUACAUCUAUUUCCAUAUGAGGUGAAUAAAAUGUGAAGAGAAUGCAUACAUGCAACAUUACCUGUGUAACAAAAUGUAGGCCGUAUUAGAUUGGAACAAGGGUAAAAAAUGACAAAAUAACUCAUCUAAUGACAGAAGGAUAUAAAAUUUAUACCACCCACCGUUGCUGAUAUGAAAAGUCUUAUAAAAUGCACCUGUCCCUGUUUGCAUAUUUCCUGAAGGAAGAACAGAAAAGAGGCACACUGCCUUUUGUUUGUUAGCCUUCCUUAAGGAAUAUGAAUAGGCCUCACAAAUAUAAAGGUAAAGUAAGGACCAGCCACAAACUCAGCUGAACACAAUUAAAUAUAUCCUGCAAAUUCUAUUGUUGAAUUCUAACCAUAUGGGUCCAGUGUAUUCAGUUUAUAAAUAUACCUCCAUUCCAUUUGUGAAAGCUUCCUGGUCCUGAGCGCAGGCACGAUGAGACAACUGGGAAGUCCACCUUUUCUAAGGCAGGCUUCUUCAGGCUCGUGUACUCCUGGUCUUUUGGACUACAAUUCCCAUAAGCACAGGACAACACAUGGAGGUAACAGGAGCUUUAGUCCACCACAUCAGGAAGACACCAGGUAGAGGGAAGCUGGUCUAAAGCACUGAUGAGCUGACAUUUUGAUCUGGAAACCAAGCCUUAUGAGCAAUAGUUGAAGGAGCUAGGUAUGUUUAGCCUGGAAAAGAGAAGGCUUAGAGGAGAUAUGAUAGACAUCUUCAAAUAUCUCAAGGGAUGUUACAAGGAAGAAGGAACAAGCUUGUUUUUUCCUGAUCUGGAGGGUACCUCUUGAGCCAAUGGUUUCAAGUUACACAAAAGGAGAUUCUGACUAAACAUAUGGAAAAACUUUCUGACAGUAAGAUCUAUUCGACAGUGGAAUGCUCUCUCUUGGGAGGUUGUGGACUCUCCUUCCUUGAAGGUUUUUAAGCAGAGGUUGGUUGGCCAUCUGCCUUGGUUGCUAUAGCUGAGAUUCCUGCAUUGCAGGGGGCUAGGCUAGAUGACCCUUCGGAUCCCUUCCAACUCUACAAUUUGAUGAUUCUCUCUUGGAGCACUAAGAUAUUCUCUAUAUUCCCAAGGGACAGCAAAGAGGCAACCAGUAGAAGAGAAAGCUGGAUAGAGUAGCCAAAAGGGAUUAAAGAAUUAAUUUCCAUGCAGUUUCCACCUGCCCCAACCCACACUUCUGGGUUCCCCCAUCACAGAGCCAGUUAUUGUAAGAUGCAUUUCAGAUCAGUAUUUAGCAAGGAAGCUUGGAGAGGUCUCUUCUGUUUCCUUAUUUCUUAUCCAGGUGAUAACAUGUAUUGGGAUUUGCUUUUUUAAAACCUUAAUUUUUUUAAAACAAAAACAAAAUAACAAUAGAAAUAAAAAUGUGCACCCCACCACCAAGACUAUUCUUUAUCAAAAAGAUCCAACUUUCCAAAAACUUAACAGUUCUUGAGAUGGUUUGACCCCUUUUUUGUUAUAACAAUACAAAUUCCACCAAUACCUUCUAUAUUUCCUCAAUUUCAAAGCUCCCUGGAUUCUUUGGGGGAAGCCAUAUGCUUCAAAUGUGUGUUGAAUGGGCACUGAAUGUAUGGUGAAGACGUGACUUGAGCAAACAUUUCUUCAGAGUAUUAACACCACUAUCUUUGUCAGGUAUGGAACAUGGACAAAGGCUGAGAUUUGUCCUGAAGGCCGUCUAAUUUCAUAUUCUCUGAGAGUACUAGAAUAUCAAGGAAUCGUGGAUGACACAGCAGCUGACAAUAUCAGGUUCAGCUGUGAAAAUGCGGGUGUCCUGACAGGCCGUUCAACUGACUGGGGUACAUAUGGUCCAUGGAGUCAACAAUGUACUAAUGGUGCCAUAUGUGGAAUUCAGACAAGAAUUGACAACGAGUUGGGAACAGGCGACAUCACAGGACUUAACGAUGUGAAGUUCUACUGCUGCGACUGA